GCAGAUGGCUCCCAGGGUUCCUCGAUCCAGGGAGUGUGGCAGUCCGCACCAGGAGAGGUCGAGGCGCCGACAGCCCUUCUUCGGUUCGAGGGGCGGUAAUGAGGCUUGACGGAGUAGCAUCCCCGAGAGUCCCCUCGACCAUCAAUUAUUCUCAACCCUCAACCCUCGCUCCUCACUGCCAGCUGGUGUUGGUGCGCGGGGCGCAAAACUCCUACGGGCGACAAUUGAUUUGUUGGCUGCGGGUGGGAUCCCCACUCUUACAAGCUCCCCUCUCCCCUCUCCCCUCCCACCUUCAAUUCUCCUCGACUCGAUUGGAUUCUUGAUGCAGGAGAGGGAAAGGGAGUAGACAAAGCGCUUCUCGCGCCUCUCCUCACCACCCACCGCCCAACGCCCACAGGCCCAACACCACCUCGUGACCUGUCCCUCGCCUGCUCGCACCACCCCAUUCCGCGGCGCCAGGAUCCAAGCAUCCACGCACCACGCACCACGGCAUCAAAAAGAGUCAAUGUGGUCGGAGGCCACGAUCGGAGAUGGAACGAGUGAAUGGCCAGUCGACACCCUUGUCGUCCCUCUCGGCUUUUCCUGUGCCCUUUUUGCCUUCCCUCGCCCUGCCCACGCCUGCCCUUCAACUUCUCUUCAUUCGCUCUAGCGGAGGUUUGACACGCUGCGAUACUAGUAGCUCGCGGGCUAGUGAUUUGGUCCGCUCUGUCGGAGGUCUCGCUGGCUUCCCGCACCCGCAGCCUCAGGCUCAUCCUCAGGCUCGAGACAGGACAGGAUAGGAUACGACAGGACACGACAGGACACGCCCCCCUCGCUCGCGGCCUGGCCAGAAGUAGCGGCAUUGAGUGUGGUACUUAGUGGCAGUCGUGUUGAACCACCAUUCCAGAUUCCAUCUCUCGCACACUGACUGCACCUGCGCCCUGUUCCAUCCCGCCAGCUGCAUAGCUUCCAUCCCAUCCAUUUGUCUACCUUUUUGUCUUCCUGGGUACCUUACCUACUAGUUACCCUCCUGUGCCUGCUCACGCUACCACCUCACCUCACCUCGCCCUACCAAUCCUCUUCUCACCUCUAACCUCUAACCUCUCACUUCUGGUCUCGCCUCCCAUACCAUCUGACCACUCUUUCAAAUCACUUUUUCUUUACACCCACCCCGCUUACCACUGUAUCUUCACUUCCUUUAUUUUCUGCACUUCUGCUUCAGGCGCUGCAGCUUCGACACAGCUUUACCCGCUCGGGUUUGCCUGUAACGAAGCUGAACCGGUCCACCCCUCCACCUGACCUUCCGCCUUGCUUGCCUGGCCCAACGACAGCUUCCCACCUGACCUCACCACCACCAACGGCCCGAGCGCAGCUCCAGCGCCUCGGGCUCCCUACCUGUCUUGCCACCCCAUCACGUCCAUGUCCUCAUGAUGGAUACUUCUCCCGCAAUGACAUCUGAUUCAUCCUCUCUGAAGAGGCCUCGUUCGCCCACCGACAAUGCCCCUCUACCCUUGGCCAAGGUCCCCCGGACUGCCACCAAUCACCUACAAAUCAACUACCUCGCUCGACAACAAAAAGAGACCAUUCCCCUCGUCACCGCCAACGACAAGCUACCAGAGUUAGCUCGACUCUUAGGCGAAUAUGAUGGUGUCCUGCAGCGUCAUGAGAGCAUGGCCGGAAACCUCGGCGCUUGUCCGCUGGGACCUAUCUUGCUCAAACGCUUUGAGAGACUUUUUGACGGGCCUCCCAAAGUCCUCAAGUCCCACGCAAAAGACUCCACUAUUAGUUGGUUGGAUGUGGUGGAAUUUGCCCAGAACAACCCAAAGCAGUUCAACCUAGAAAGAACGCGGAAUGGAAUUCGAGUCUGUCAGUUCUACACCAAGCAAUGUCGAGUGGAGGUCUCGGAGGAAGAUUAUGUCCUCAUUGCCAGCGGAAUGCCUCAAAAGCUCAUCCCUCCACAGCCCAUUCCCGAGGACGAGGAAAAGGAACUGGCAGUCAUGGAUCUUUUGGAUCGAAACCUCGGACAAAUUAUUCAGCUUGCAGAUCAAGUUUCUGGCAGAGCUCGACAAAUGAUUCACAAGAUGAAGAAUCGGAGGACCGCGAUCUUGGCCCGACGAGAGCAUGAGGCGGAAGCGAAAAAGCAACCUCCUGAUGUCCGAGCAUCUCCUCUUUCUCCCGCCGAGACCAACGGCAAUGUCGCCAGGCCCUUGCGCAGUAUAGAGGUUUCACACUCACCUCCGGCUGGCUUUAUGACGGUCAAUUUGAGGCAAGCGGGACAUGAACCAGAAUCAAGAGCGGCGCCCACCACGACAGGUGAAACACAUCGAGGUAAUGUCGAAGAUGCAUUGAGCCAGAACCUUGCCAACCACAAUGGCAGAAUCGUCGACGAGCCCUCACCGAGUGUGAGAAGUGAAAUGCUGCACAAGUUCUUGACACCGGCUGAACGCGAGGCAGGCUUGACAGAAGAGACCAUCCGACGGUCCUCGUUGGGGACAACUCGAACGAGUGUCAUGCAGCAGAACUCGGCAGAGAAGCAACGGUCGCGGUCUACUGACUUAGCAGGCGGUGUGGAUGGUGGCAAGAACCCGCCCUCGGUUGCUAUCCCCAGUACUCCCGUGUCACUGUUGCCCCAGAUGAAACCCUCGCCCAUGGACAGGGACGACGGCGGCCCUUUCAAAUCAGAAAUGGUGCGAAGAAUGGAUAACAUGUGGAAAGGAGACCGCGUCAUCCCCCCAUGUGAUCGAUGUCGAAGACUACAUAUGGACUGUCUCAAGAAUCUGACGGCGUGUAUGGGGUGCACCAAGAAACAUGCCAAAUGCUCCUGGAAGGAGGUCAAGGCGGAUGAAUUACAGGGCAUUAGCACGAGACAUUCAGCUUCACCGGAGCGGGAGAGGGCAGCGUCCGGGCCUAGCCAGGACCCGGAGCCGGCACCGCCGUUGUCAGCGAACUCGACCAUUGUGGUCUCUGACCGUCAUGAAGUGGCUCCGAGGCCAACGGCUGAAGCAGGUGCUCGUGUAGAAGAAGCUGCAAAGGAGAACAGGGCUGAAGCGACUCAACCAGGCAGGAAAAGCGAGCCGGCUCUGGGCUUAGGAAUGACGGCCAAAUUCGACGUCCGACCACCACCACUGGGGCAAACAGCUCAUGGUGCAGCAGGGCGGCGCUCAUCGACUGUGCCGACACUGUAUGGAGGACAGUAUUCGCCAGCCGCACGGGGUGGUGAGGAGGAAGAUGAUGACGAGGGUGACAGACUCCUGGCACUUGCAGCGCGGGUCUAUCGAACAGCGUCUCAGAGCGGACAUCGCAUGUAAGAUGUGUGAUUGACAGAGAUGGAAGGGGACGAGGUGGGGUAUGUCAAGAUGAGUUUUGAGAAAGCUUGACUGCAUUUGAGUUGACCAUGGAGCAAAGGCGAUAAAAGAGAGACGAUGAGACCCGCUCAGGAAGGAGAUGACUGGGGUGCGUACAGCGAUCUAUGGGUCACACAGGAUCAAAAGUACUAGAAAAGAGUUCUUCUUUGGUGUAUUCAUAUGGACGCAGUUGGCAUGGUUGUGUAGUUGGCAUCACGUGCACCUAUGCAAUGUACGAGUAUUACUGUACUCGUACGAUGUUGAGCGUAGAGCAUGACAGUAUCGCAGCAUCGCAGCAUCAUAACACCGCAGCAUGGAGAUUCAAACAAGAACAAGCAUUACUACUAUGCUCUCUUUAC